UACUAAUUUUACUAAGAUUUAGUAGAUUUUUUGAAUGAUCCUAAACUGUUUAAGAUGUGUCAAGGUGGAGAUAUGACAAAUCAUGAUGGUACCGGUGGGAAGUCAAUUUAUGGAAGAAAAUUUGAAGAUGAGAAUUUUAUUUUGAAACACACGGGUCCUGGUACUCUCUCAAUGGCAAAUUCUGGACCAAAUACAAAUGGAUCUCAGUUCUUUCUCACAACAGUAAGAACAGAAUGGUUGGAUGGAAAACAUGUAGUAUUUGGACAAGUAGUAAGUGGAAUGGAAAUUGUAAAAAAGAUGGAGGAUUGCGGAUCAAAAACGGGAAAACCAACUGCUAAAGUCGUGAUCAGCAAUUGCGGUGAACUUGUAUAAUAACGACCUAUGUUUAAGAAGUUUUAUAUAAAGCAUGGUACCAAGUAAAGAGGAAUGAAUUCACUGUGGAUCUUCCAACCCACUGUCAGUGUAAAGUUGCCAAAGAGUUUAACAUGCUGCAUCCAGAUCACACAGAGAAUAGAUGAAGCCCAUUAAAGUCUUUGGUAAUUUCACAUGGAUUGCAAGUCCCCACCAUCAAAAUAAUUUCAGUUUGUUCCUCCUUAAUCAGCACCACACUUUAUCUAUAAAACAAAGAAUAACAUGACUUAUGGUUCCAGACUGGGAUACCCUGUAAAUAUUAAAAUUAUUGUAAUUUAAAAUAUUAAUUCCAGGAUACAAAAAAAAAUCUGACUUAUUAAUAAUAAUCACAUACUCUACUUUUAAAUAUUACCACCUUCUGUGUAAUUCAAUUGGAUAAUUGCAGUAAAUAAAAAAAAUUCUAUUUAUACUUCA